CCCAUCUCGACAUAUUUCACUUUGCUUCACGACAACUCCGACAACUGCCGCCCUUGACCAGUUCAAGUACAGUCAAGAUGACCAACAACAGACUGCAAUACACUAUUCCCUCGAACGACCAUGAUCUAUACGAUGAUUCGAGUAGCGGGGUGGCCAUCACCUUUUCGAAGGAGUUAUUGACGGAUUUUCUUGCUUUCAAUAGGUACAACACGCGGUCCAACAAGGUUCGCAUCGUCAAGACCCCCGGCGGUGAGCUCCGUUACCUUCACCUGAAGAAGAAGGGAACUGCUCCCAAGUGCGGUGACUGCGGCAUCAAGCUCCCCGAUCCCUGCCCUCCGCCCCGCGAGUACUCUCAGAUCUCGCGCCCCAAGAAGAAUGUCAGCCGUGCCUACGGUGGCUCUCGCUGCGCUGGCUGCGUCAAGGACCGCAUUGUCCGUGCCUUCCUGAUUGAGGAGCAGAAGAUCGUCAAGAAGGUCCUCAAGGAGUCCCAGCAGAAGGCCGCCAAGCGCUAAGCGUGCUUUUUGUCGGUGUUGUCCUUUUACGGUGGAGCGAACGUUAUGGGGAAAACGGCUGGGAAUGGUUCUCUUAAAACAUUAAAGAUGAACAGGAACAGCUAGCACGCGAGUCCAAAAAAAAACAAGGCUCGUGGCUAAGCAAAUGAAUCAAUUUCAUUUACCUUCAUGAGAGAUUCCCUGACAUGUCCAAUCAAGUUGUCUGAAAUUAU